CUUCACUCGAUUUUCACUUCACGCAACAGUCGAAGACGCAUGGUAUGGCCAUUAUAUAUGGUAGCUUUUUUUUGUCAGGUAUAGCAAUGUGAUCACGCAAUACGGGGUCGAUGACAGACGCUUCUCCCACCUGGGACGUCAUUGACCGCUUUCUCUCUUCACCUGCACCUCUUCAAUUUCUCUACUUCCUCUCACCGAACUCACAAAUAAAAGAAGGAAAUUAUGAGAAUCCUUUUUCUACCGCAGCCGCGCUUCACAUAAUCCGCGCACCCUCCCGACCGCCUUCACCUCUUGACGCUCCCAACCCAACAGAGCUCUCCACCACAAUUUCUUCUUCCUACUGCCUUAAUGCAUAGCUUUAUCUAGAGUUUCGAUAUCACGGCGCCCAUCGCUCUCACAAAGCCUUCUACCACCGCCAGUAUGGAUGCCAUUGUUAACGACAUCAUAUCGAGUAGUCCAUCUUCUCUGGCCCUCUGUUUCCCGCCCGACCAAGGGCACUCAGUGUUAUCAACGACUUCGCUCGACGCUCCUGGAUCUCCCCUCAGCGAUGUCCCCGACGACUUGUCCGAUUGCUCCGAAGCAAAGGCGGACCAAUUUAGGAUACGGCCUCUUCUUAUGACAAACAUCGACAGUGUUCAACCGUCUUGUUCGAACGCCAUGGAAGGAUUCGGUAAAGACGGGUCCUUGUUUGACUCGUCUUUCAAGAGACGUGUGACACGAUCCCAGACCAAGAAACAAGACCUUGCUGAGAAAAUCACAACUCCUCCCACCCCUUGGCCAAAGCGAUCAAUUCCCUCACCAAUAUCGCCAAUAGGAGAGGAAUUCUCAGCCUCUCCCCGGCUUCGAAAGAAGCGGAAGUCUAAUGCUGACUCUCUUAUCACGAAGAAGGCGAAACGCGCCUCAUUGGUAGUCAAGUUGUCAGUACCAUCGCUUGGUCGGUUGAUCUUCUCCCAGUUGAAGCAGACGUCUCUGGAUGAAAAUACUUCCGACCAGGCAAUAAGUGCUAGCGAUUUUGAUCAUGCACCGGUAAUGAAGUUUCCUGAUAUACCCACGGGCAAGGUUCCUCCUGGUGGUCGCACAGAGCUUUGCAUUUUGGAGCAAAGGGCGUACGUUCCGUGCAAUCCACCCACCGCAACGCCAAAUCAUGGACCCGGACUUGAUGUUCCUAUGACUAUGCGUGCAAGCCCGUCUGGAGUUGAACAUAGCGAAUUAGUGGCACUGGCAAAGAGGCUGGUGACCCCUCCCACAGAUUUCGACCAGAGACCAGACCCAUCUUCAAGGCCUGAAGUGUGGGCAGAAACCCGUCAAGAGUUAUGCGAGACCUUGCACUACUUCCGGGCCUGGCAUGGCGGCACCUACUGUACGGGCGGUUAUGCUUGGGGCGUCUUGCAUGACAAGUCACCUCACGCGCGAGACUUCAACGACGGCAUUGUUGUUCUCAGCAGAGCUGGGGGAGGCAUGGUCAGGGAUAAGGACACCGAAGAGAUGGUAAUUGGACGCGACCAGGCCGAGAACAGUCAGUCAGCCAGUUUGCGAAACUCGAUGAAGUAUCGGAACCCAGUCGUCCUCAUCACAGGCGCCGAUAACCCCUUGAUGCGCUGCAAGCCGCCACAUACGUACUGUGUGCUCGACUAUUUCAAGCCCACCCACAUCUGGUGCGAAAAGUCGGGUGGAAGAGUUAUCAUGCGCUAUAGAUUUGAAAAGCUCAAUCUUAGCAAGCCUUCUUGGUGGCUGGUAGGGGAGCAGGCCGUGCCACUUGGAUCUCUUCCUCCUCCAGUCGUUCAAAGAUGCACCAGCUGCGGCAAUGUGUUCGAUCAAGUGUACUUGCAAGGUUGGAUGUGCCUUCAUGCCCCAUGCAGAUCAUUCUGGAAGCUACAGAACGGUAAAGAGCCUGUUGAGCACGACCUUCUUUACGAUCCCCGUUUCAUAAAGCAGAAGACCCACUGGCCGAACGAGAAUCACAACUACUCUCUUACAUCCAACAAUGUCCAGCUCAGUGGUCAUUUCGUCGCCGGUGAGAACUGUUCGAAGGCUUAUUGGUCGGGAAUGGUAUGUCCGCAAUGCGGACGCUGUAUUCUGAGAAUAUCCUGGAUGUGCUGGGAUUGCGGCUGCGGAUUCCAGAAGAAGCCUCCGCACACGUUGAUUCCGGCAGAGGCCCUUGUCGAUCCGUACUUCCCCCUGACGGACGAGUACAGCCUUUCUCGCGACUUUAGCUCACCGCUCGUCACACUCGAGGUCCGCUUCCUGCAUGGCUACCGCAUCAACGUAUUCACCAUCCCUGGCAUCAACGGCUUCGUAGCUCAUCUCAUCGCGAACAAGCCCGUAGUGGAAGAACAGGGCGGUCCUAAUGACAUGUUCGAGGAACUCCAACAGACUGACAUUGGUCUGCGGCGUCGCCCCCUUGGCGGUGGGCUCUCCAAGGGAGAAGCUUUCACUCGCCACUUUGCGGUCAACUACGGCAUGCCCUACAAGUUCAUCGCGGCCACAUCCUCUGAACCUUUUGAGGGAGCUGCACAUGCCAUCACUGCCACGCGCUCCCGGCUCAACUGGGCGUCUCAACUGAUGGUCGGUCAGGAGCAUCGCGAGUUCAACGAAGUUCUGGCGCUGGGCUACUUUGAGGAACAAAGAAUCAACUAUCAUGAUGACGGCGAAUUCGGCCUCGGUCCUACCAUUGCUACGCUCUCGCUUGGUGCGCCAGGGACAAUGAAGAUCCGCAUGAAGGCGCGCCAUUACAACGGCGUCUCCAAGCAAGGCAUCUAUAACGACAGUCUGCCCAUGCCCGGUUGUGACAAGUACGCCGAGCGUCUUGCCGCCGUUGACGAGCUCGCGAGAUUGAAAGCAACCGACAAGAAGGAGUACUCCGCGCGCCUCCGAACACUACCCAAGAACCUGGGCCUGAAGUCCGGCGGGAAUUCCAAGGAUGCGAUUACCAUGAUGCUGGGCCAUGGCGACAUCGUAAUCAUGCACGGCGCAGAUAUACAGAAGUACUACGAGCACUCCGUGGAGCAUGCCGGGAAGCUGCGGUUUGCGCUCACCUGUCGGUAUAUCGAUCCGGAUUCUCUGUCUGAGGCGGAUAAGCCGAAGUACCCCAUUGCGCCGGAUGCGGGGAACUAUGACGGAACGAGGGUCGGCGGAGUGGCGUGAUAGGUGACCGGUGGAUGUGGUGGAAGUGUUAGAGCUCGAGCUCGGACACGGAAUAAGAGCCAUGUGCUAUUUUGGUAGAGGAUGACAUAACACUGAUGUUCGGUGGUUCAUAAAACUGGCGUGGGAAGGCGACAUUGCAAGGUGGGAUUUUGAUGCACAGUCGUAUUUAAGCUCGGCGAUUGAUCGUCGACUAGAUCAAAGGAGUCCGAUCUAUCACCAUCUACAUGUAAUACAACUAUUCUUCGAAC